UUCAUCAUGUCUCAGCUCGGCCUUUUUAUGCUUUACAUACAAAGCGGGGCGUAAUCCAUUCCAUGAAGGAACAAGGGGCCUGCAUUUGACUUGUCGGGGAGCGUGGAAAAGUCACCACACGGCUGCGGACGCGGCCACCAGCUUGCCCGUUUUCUGUGGCUCUCCAGGGAUAUCAAUAUAGACAUAUGCCGCCCGCGCCGUGCCUAUCUUUCCUAUAUGGUCUAAGUCGACCUUACCUACUGCCUUCAUCCACUAUGCCAGUUAGUAUUUCAAGACUAUGCCAUCCCGCACUUGUUCCAAAUUUUAAUCACUCCCUAAGAUAUUCCAAAGAGCAUUCACCUCGGUCAGUUUCCAUAUAGCUGCGUGGUACUCUCGUCACUUGGCACAGGCAGACGAAGAAGAGGACUAAUGGGUAUGCCCUCCUCCAUUCCCAUUUUCUUCCUCCGCCUCUUCUUGAGUUCAUUCUGCAAACCUGAUGAUACUCUUACACACACAAAGCCACUAUUUUCUGGCGACAAGCUCGUCUCCAAGGGCGGGGACUUUGCCCUCGGCUUCUUCUCCCCACCAAGCUCAAACACAGGCACAUACAUUGGUAUAUGGUACAACAACAUCCCUGAGCACCCCGUCGUCUGGGUCGCCAAUCGCGAUAACCCAAUCGUCACUACCUCACCAUCCACGAAGCUCGCCAUCACCAACGAAGGUUGCGACAUGGCGUUGUUCAACUCCGAAGGCCACACCAUCUGGACGACGUCGAGCAACAUAACCACCGGCGCCCGAGACGCCGCCGUGAGAGCAUACGCGGUGCUGCUCAGCUCGGGGAACCUGGUCCUCCGGUACCCAAACGGCACAUGCAUACGGGAGAGCUUCGACCACCCGACAGACACCCUCCUCCCGUCCAUGAAGUUCCUGAUGAGCUCCAAGACGUGGGCCGUCGGUCGUCUCGUCGCAUGGAAGGGCCCGGACGACCCGUCCUCCGGCGAUUUCUCCUUCAGCAGCGACCCCAGCUCGCCGACCCUCCAGUUCUUCAUCUGGCACGGGGUCAGACCGUACUGCCGCACCCUCGUGUUGAACGACGCGACGGUGGCGUCCGGAGCGGUGUCGUACCUCAGCAACGCCAGUUCCUUCGUGUACCAAUCCUCACUCCACCAAGGGGACGAAUUCUACCACGUGUACACUGUCAUGGAAGGCUCGCCGUACGUGCGCGUCACGCUGGCCUACGCCGGCGAGUUGAGGCACCUGACAUGGAAUGGCAACACAUCGUCAUGGGUAGCCCUUACCACCACUCCCACCGGUUGCAACGUCUAUGGCUAGUGUGGCCCAUUCGGCUACUGCGGCUUCCGUGGUGCCUCGACGAGUUCGAGCCCGAGCCCGAGCCCGGUGGUCUUGACUUUAGGAGAGGGUGUAAGAGAAAGCAGCCGUUGAGCUGCGGAAAGCAAAGCCAUUUCGUAACCAUGCCGGGGAUGAAAGUUCCUGACAAGUUUGUGCAUGUGCUCAACAGAAGCUUUGACGAUUGUGCUGCAGAGUGCACGAGAAACUGCUCGUGUACUGCAUAUGCUUACGCUAACUUGAGCAAUGACGGUGCUAUGGCUGAUCCGUCAAGGUGCUUGAUCUGGACUGGUGAGCUUGUCGACAUGGGGAAGCCCAUCAACUACGGCGAGAACCUGUACCUCCGGCUUGCCCACUCUCCUGGUCAAAACAAUAUGCUAAAUAUUGUCCUGCCUACUAUAGCAUGCUUGUUGAUACUCAUAUGCGUAGCACUUUUCAGCAUAUUCAAAUUAAGAGGAAAACGAAGAAAGGAAGAAAUCCAGAGGAGACGGGUGCUAGGAUACUUUAGCUCUUCCAAUGAAUUUGGAGAAGAAAAUAUAGAAUUCCCAUUUGUUAGUUUUGACAAGAUCGGUGCCGCAACAGAUAAUUUCUGCGAUUCCAAGCAAAUCGGAAGAGGAGGUUUUGGCAAAUUUUACAAGGGAAUGCUAGAAGGCGGCAAGGAAGUUGCUAUCAAAAGGCUCAGUGAGGGUUCGCGGCAAGGUGUAGAGGAGUUUAAAAAUGAAUUAGUUCUAUUUGCAAAACUGCAGCACAGAAAUCUAGUUAGACUUCUUGGUUGUUGUAUUCAUGGUGAUGAGAGGUUACUGAUCUAUGGAUACUUACCUAACAAAAGUUUAGAUGCCUCCCUUUUUGAUGCUACAAGGAAAUAUGUGCUUGAUUGGUUCACACGGUUCAAAAUAAUCAAAGGAGUAGCAAGAGGACUUCUUUAUCUCCACCAAGACUCAAGAUUGAAAAUAAUCCAUAGAGAUCUCAAAGCAAGCAACAUCUUGCUGGAUGUGGAAAUGAAUGCUAAAAUAUCGGAUUUUGGUAUGGCAAGGAUAUUUGAUGGAAAUCAGCAACAUGCAAACACUACCCGGGUUGUUGGGACAUAUGGUUACACGUCGCCGGAAUAUGUGAUGGACGGUGUCUUUUCUGUAAAAUCGGAUAUUUAUAGCUUUGGUGUUCUUCUCUUGGAGAUUGUAAGUGGAUUGAAGAUCAGCUCAUCACAACUUGAAGUGCACUCUUCUAGUCUUACAACUUACGCAUGGAGUUUAUGGAAAGAUGGAAAAGCAAUAGAAUUGGUGGACCCUUGUCUUAUUGAGAGUUGUCCACUUCAUGAAGUUGUACGGUGUAUUCACGUAGGACUACUGUGUAUUCAAAAUCUUCCAGAUGACAGGCCAUUUAUGUCAUCCAUUAUAUUUCGAAAAGUUUAACGUCCACACGUGUGGGCGUCUGACAACUCGCCCACACGCAUGGAUCCUCGUCCAACCAAUUCUGCACGAAUCUUGGCGCGUUCUAGCAGUUUUUGUGUGCCACGUAGGACUAAGCUGGUGUGUGGGCAUUCAUCCGGUCGCCCACACAUCCUUUUUUCACCACACGGGGGCUGGUGUGUGGACGUUUAGCAAUUCGCCCACACACUAGUUUCACGCACGCAUAGGGGGCUGGUGUAUGGGCGUUUAUCACUUCGCCCACACGCCCGUCUCAUAGC